AUGGCGACCGACGUGAAAUCACCCUUGGUCGACUACGGGCCCACCGCCCACACAAAUCCCAACAUUUUCAAGCUCGAAAUCAAGGCGAAG